GCACUGGGGCGUGGCCCUGCCCAGUGUUCAACCAGACACGGAUAGGGUCGCAUUCCUGCCCUCACGUUUGUGGCUGAGCGGGCCGCGGUUCGGAUCCGGUGUUUCCAGCCCCGAGAGGGACCUGGUGCCUCUACCCAGGAUUUUGUCGCUCUGUCACCUGCGCUAUGCCCUGCUGUAGUCACAGGAGGUGUAGAGAGGACCCCGGGACAUCUGAAAGCCAGGAAAUGAUGUUUCAGGACCCGGUGGCCUUUGAGGAUGUGGCUGUGAACUUCACCCGGGAGGAGUGGGCUUUGCUGGAUAUUUUUCAGAAGAAUCUCUACAGGGAAGUGAUGCUGGAAACUUUCAGGAACCUGACCUCUAUAGGAAAAAGUUGGAAAGACCAGAACAUUGAAUAUGAGUACCAAAACCCCAGGAGAAACUUCAGGAGUCUCAUAGAAGAGAAAGUCAAUGAAAUUAAAGAAGAUAGUCAUUGUGGAGAAACUGUUAUCCAGGUUCCAGAUGACAGGCUGAACUUCCAGGAGAAGCAAACUUCUCCUGAAGUAAAAUCAUGUGACAGCUUUGUGUGUGGAGAAGUUGGCAUAGGUAACUCAUCUUUUAAUAUGAACAUCAGAGGUGACAUUGGACACAAGGCAUAUGAGUAUCAGGAAUAUGGACCGAAGCCAUGUAAGUGUCAACAACUUAAAAAAGCCUUCAGAUAUCACCCCUCCUUUAGAGCACAAGAAAGGGAUCACACUGAAGAGAAACCCUAUGCUUGUAAAGAAUGUGGAAAAACCUUUAUUUCCCAUUCAAGCAUUCAAAGACACAUGAUAAUGCACAGUGGAGAUGGACCUUAUAAAUGUAAAUUUUGUGGGAAAGCCUUCCAUUGUCUCAGUUUAUAUCUUAUCCAUGAAAGAACUCACACUGGAGAGAAACCAUAUGAAUGUAAACAAUGUGGUAAAUCCUUCAGUUAUUCUGCUGCCCUUCAAAUACAUAAAAGAACUCACACUGGAGAAAAGCCUUAUGAAUGUCAGGAAUGUGGGAAAGCAUUUCAUAGUCCCAGAUGCUGUCGUAGACAUGAAAUGAUUCACAUGGGAGAGAAGUCUUAUCAAUGUAAGGAAUGUGGGAAAGCAUUCACGUGUCCCCAUUAUGUUCGUAGACAUGAAAGGACCCACUCUGGGAAAAAACCCUAUGAAUGUAAGCAGUGUGGGAAAGCAUUAUCCUCUCUUACAAGUUUUCAAACACACAUAAGAAUACACUCUGGAGAAAGACCUUAUGAAUGUAAGAUAUGUGGGAAAGGCUUUUGUUCUGCAAAUUCAUUUCAAAGACAUGAAAAAACUCACAGUGGAGAGAAACCCUAUAAAUGCAGGCAAUGCGGUAAAGCCUUCAUUCAUUCCAGUUCCCUUCGAUAUCAUGAAAGGACUCACACUGGAGAGAAACCCUAUGAAUGUAAGCAAUGUGGGAAAUCCUUCAGAUCUGCUUCACACCUUCGAUUGCAUGGUAGGACUCACACUGGAGAGAAACCCUAUGAAUGUAAGGAAUGUGGGAAAGCCUUCAGAUCUAUGAAGAACCUUCAAAGUCAUGAAAGGACACAAACACACAUAAGAAUACACUCUGGAGAAAGACCUUAUAAAUGUAAGAUAUGUGGGAAAGGCUUUUAUUGUCCCAAAUCAUUUCAAAGACAUGAAAAAACUCACACUGGAGAGAAACUCUAUGAAUGCAAGCAAUGUGGUGAAGCCUUCAGUAGUUCUAGUUCCUUUCGAUAUCAUGAAAGGACUCACACUGGAGAGAAACCCUACCAAUGCAAGCAAUGUGGGAAAGCCUUCAGAGCUGCCUCAGUCCUUCGAAUGCAUGGUAGGACUCAUCCUGAAGAUAAAUCCUAUGAGUGUAACCAAUGAGGGAAAGCCUUCAGAUCUGCCUCACACUUUUGAGUGUGUGGUAGGAGACACAAUGGAGAGAAACCCUAUGAAUGUGGGAUACCCUUCAGAUCUGCCAAGAACCUUCGAAUUCCUGAAAGGACACAAGCAUACAUAAGAAUGCACACUGGAUAGCUGAACAAAAGGCAGCAGAAACUUCCGCAGACUUAAACAUCCCUGUCUGACAGCUUUGAAGAGAGUAGCGGUCCUCCCAGCAGAUUUUGAGAUCUGAGAACAGACAGUCUGCUUCCUCCAGUGGGUCCCAGAGCCCUGAGUAGCCUAACUGGGAAGCACCUCCCAGUAGGGGCCGACUGACACCUCAUACGGCUGGGUGCCCCUUUGUGACAAAGCUUCCAGAGGAAGGAUCAGGGAGCAACAUUCACUGUUCUGCAAUAUUUGCUGUUCUGCAACCUCUGCUGGUGAUACCCAGGCAAACAGGGUCUGGAGUGGACCUCCAGCAAACUCCAACAGACCUCAGCUGAGGGUCCUGACUGUUAAAAGGAAAACUAACAGAAAGGACAUCCACACCAAAACCCAUCUGUACAUCACCAUUGUCAAAGACCAAAGGUAGAUAAAACCACAAAGAUGGGGAGAAACCAGAGUAGAAAAGCUGAAAAUUCUAAACAUCAGAGCACCUCUUCUUCUCCAAAGGAACGCAGCUCCUCACCAGCAAUGGAACAAAGCUGGAUGGAGAAUAACUUUGACGAGUUGAGAGAAGAAGGCUUCAGACGAUCGGUAAUAACAAACUUCUCCAAGCUAAAGGAGGAUGUUCGAACCCAUUGCAAAGAAGCUAAAAAUCUUGAAAAAAGAUUAGACGAAUGGCUAACUAGAAUAAACAGCAUAGAGAGGACUUUAAAUGACCUGAUGGAGCUGAAAACCAUGGCACGAGAACUACAUGAUACAUGCACAAGCUUCAGUAGCCAAUUCGAUCAAGUGGAAGAAAGGGUAUCAGUGAAGAUCAAAUGAAUGAAAUGAAGCGAGAAGAGAAGUUUAGAGAAAAAAAGUAAAAAGAACAAAGCCUCCAAGAAAUAUGGGACUAUGUUAAAAGACCAAAUCUACAUCUGAUUGGUGUACCUGAAAGUGAUGGGGAUGGAACCAAGUUGGAAAACACUCUUCAGGAUAUUAUCCAGGAGAACUUCCCCAACCUAGCAAGGCAGGUCAACAUUCAAAUUCAGGAAAUACAGAGAAUGCCACAAAGAUACUUCUCAAGAAGAGCAACUCCAAGACACGUAAUUGUCAGAUUCACCAAAGUUGAAAUGGAGGAAAAAAUGUUGAGGGCAGCCAGAGAGAAAGGUCGGGUUACCCACAAAGGGAAGCCCAUCAGACUAACAGCGGAUCUCUUGGCAGAAACUCUGCAAGCCAGAAGAGAGUGGGGGCCAAUAUUCAACAUUCUUAAAGCAAAGAAUUUUCAACCCAGAAUUUCAUAUCCAGCCAAACUAAGCUUCAUAAGUGAAGGAGAAAUAAAAUCCUUUACAGACAAGCAAAUACUGAGAGAUUUUGUCACCACCAGGCCUGCCUUACAAGAGGUCCUGAAGGAAGCACUAAACAUGGAAAGGAACAACUGGUACCAGCCACUGCAAAAACAUGCCAAAUCAUAAAGGCCAUCAAUGCUAGGAAGAAACUGCAUCAACUAACAACCAAAAUAACCAGCUAACAUCAUAAUGACAGGAUCAAAUUCACACAUAACAAUAUUAGCCUUCAAUGUAAAUGGGCUAAAUGCUCCAAUUAAAACACAUAGACAUGCAAAUUAGAUAAAGAAUCAAGAUCCAUCAGUGUGCUGCAUUCAGGAGACCCAUCUCACGUGCAGAGAUAUACAUAGGCUCAAAAUAAAGGGAUGGAGGAAUAUCUACCAAGCAAAUGGAAAACAACAGCAACAAUGCAAAAGCAGGGGUUGCGAUCCUAGUCUCUGAUAAAACAGACUUUAAACCAACAAGGAUCAAAAGAGACAAGGUCAUUACAUAAUGGUAAAGGGAUCAGUUCAACAAGAAGAGCUAACUAUCCUAAAUAUUUAUGCACCAAAUACAGGAGCACCCAGAUUCAUAAAGCAAGUCCUUAGAGACCUACAAAGAGACUUAGACUCCCACACAAUAAUAAUGGGAGAUUUUAACACCCCACUGUCAACAUUAGACAGAUCAACGAGACAGAAAGUUAACAAGGAUAUCCAGGAAUUGAACUCAGCUCUGCACUAAGCAGACCUAAUAGACAUCAACAGAACUCUCAACCCCAAAUCAACAGAAUAUACAUUCUUCUCAGCACCCACAUCACACUUAUUCCAAAAUUGACCACAUAGUUGGAAGUAAAGCACUCCUCAGCAAAUGCAAAAGAACAGAAAUUAUAACAAACUGUCUCUCAGACCACAGAGCAAUCAAACUAGAACUCAGGAUUAAGAAACUCACUCUAAACCACUCAACUACAUGGAAACUGAACAACCUGCUCCUGAAUGACUACUGGGUACAUAACAAAAUGAAGGCAGAAAUAAAGAUGUUCUUUGAAACCAAUGAGAACAAAGAUACAACAUACCAGAAUCUCUGGGACACAUUUAAAGCAGUGUGUAGAGGGAAAUUUAUAGCACUAAAUGCCCACAAGAGAAAGCAGGAAAGAUCUAAAAUUGACAUCCUAACAUCACAAUUAAAAAACUGGAGAAGCAAGAGCCAACACAUUCAAAAGCUAGGAGAAGGCAAGAAAUAACUAAGAUCAGAGCAGAACUGAAGGACAUAGAGACACAAAAAACCCUUCAAAAAAUCAGUGAAUCCAGGAGGUGGUGUUUUGAAAAGAUCAACAAAAUUGAUAGACUGCUAGC